GGAGCCCUGUAAAACAAAGCUUCCUGCUGGAACUCAGGCUGCUUCCUUGGGGCAGGCGUGGGGGUGGGGCAAUGGAAAACUUCCUGGCUCCCCCCGGCCUUCGGAAAAGAAGUUGUUCUCAAAGGUGAAGACAAAUUCAGGAGCCAAUAUAGACUAUGAGGAAACUGAGACCCAAGGAGGUUAAGCGACUGACAGCCUAAGGUCACGCAGGCGGAGGGGCGAGACAGGUCUGUUUCUCAGAGUCAAGAUGGGGAAAAAUUUGGUGACUGCACAGAUCCGAGGAGAGAGCCGUGCCCUGUGCCUGGGCGCUGUCAUGGUGGUGUGUUCUGCCAUCACCUACUACAUCUUGGGGACAACCGUGCUGCCCUUAUACCAAAAGAGUGUAUGGACCAAAGUAUCCAACUGCCACCUGAUUGAAAUAGACAUAAGGGAACAUGAGAAGCUGGAAGGCAAGAAGGUUCCCCAGUACCCAUGUCUGUGGGUCAACGUGUCUGCCAUUGGGAAGAGUGCCAUUCUAUACCACACAGAGGAGACAAAAGAAAAAAACCACCAGUGUUCUUACAUCCCUGAGAACUUGGAGGACUACCAAGAAGCCAGGAGAGAUGUGGAGACCAUCAGGGUCAGAUUCAAAGAGCGUCAGAAUUUUCCCUGCUACUCAGACCCUGAUGAGACUGAAAAGAGUGUCCUGUACAGGAGGCUCUACACUCCCCAGAUGCUGUUGAAGUGGCUUUUUUGGCCCACCUUCAUGCUAACUGGAGGAAUAUUCAUUAUCAUGAUGGUGAAACUCAAUCAGUCCCUCUCCAUGCUUGCAGCACAGAGAUAGGACCCAAUCAACACCUCACAGCUCAGGCACAACUGAAAUCUACCCCCCCCCACCCCCAACAUUGUUUUUUAGCUCUACUCACAGCUGUCUCUCCUUGUAUUUUGUCUCUUCUUCUCCAAUCCAGUCCAGUUACCAUUGUGAGAUGAAUAUUUACCACGUCAUACACUUGCUCAAAAGCUUACCAUGAUUCUUUGCUGCCUAUUGGAUCUUACCUUAACAACUUUCUUUUCCUAAUGCUCACUCUUAAGUGACAGCCUCCAGCCAAGUCUGUCUCCUGAGCUCCAUUUCCCCAAAAAUGAAGCUGAUUUCGACCUCCCACUUUGCUCAUGCUGUUCUCCACACAUAGAAUAUAAUCUCUCCAUUCCUCUAUGAAAAUCCUAGUCAUCCUUUAGAGCCCAAGCCUUAAUUCCUUCAUGAAGCCUUCACUCAUCAGCCUCAGGACUCAGAAAAGCCUCUGUUCUCUAAAUUCCUGAAGCACUUGUGAUACAUAACACACAAUAACAACUGACUGUAUGAUGCCUUCUGUUGCUCUCUAUUUGAUGGAAGUUUUAUCUUUCCACCCAAAGCAUGAUGCUGGCUCACCUUCAGAUGGGGACCUUACCUUCUCUUGUAUGUGUCACAGUGGUCAAUACAGACCAGGGGCUUCAUAAAUAGUUGAUGGCUGAAACUAAUACUAGUUCACAUUAAUAAAGCCCUUAAAGGUAUGUAAACUGCUUCACUGAGGCAAGUAGUACAAAUAUUCUCUCCUUUUUUAUAGGUGAGGAAACUGAGGGUCAGAAAGUUUCAAUGGUUUGUCUAUUUAAUGGAUGAUGGGGCCAGAACUUGAAACCAGACCUUUUGAUUCCAUGUCAAGUACUGUCUUCACUCUACCAUGAUGCCUUUCCACACCCAUGAACCUAAAGCAUAAAAAGGCAAGAGGGAGGUACAAACGUAUAUUUGCAUCUACUGAAAGUGCUCUCCUUCCCCUCACACCCUACUAGGGGAACCGAAAGAUCCUCAGCUAGAACAGCUACCAAGUAGGAACCUCCUUGUCCCUCCUCUGCCACAGACCACUAUAGGAGGUGGCUGGUGAGUCCCAGUUGGCACCAGGAGAAGCCACCCUCUAUUUUCCAAAUCCCUGGCUACUUUUCCCUUUUCCCCUUCUUUUCCAAAUAUUGUUCCCCCAUCUCCACCCCUGCUGGAGGAAACCCUAAAUCACUGCCCCAUUCCUAAGGGUAGGAGUGGAUUUGGAAUUUCCCAAUUCCCCUAUUCUCUGUGGUGGUGGAUCACUCACCUCAUGCUCCCUUAUUCUGCAGGACAGACACCUUGAUGCAUCUUAAGGACUUUGGGUCCUUGCUAGCCACCCUUUGGUUGAACACUCCCAUGUCAUGUUGUCUCUUCUGGUUAGAAUGUGAGCUCCUUGAGAGCAAAAACAUUCUUCUUUUCAAUUUGCUUUCCCCAGCACUUAUCAUACUGCUCAGGACAUAUUAAAUCAUUGAUAAAUGCUUUUUCACUCAUUCAUUCAUCCUCACAGUGGACCUCCCUUCAGGACCCUAUAGCCACAGAAGGUUUAGUUAGGUAGCUGAGUCCAUGUAUUUCCAUGUUCCCUCAGAGUAAGCAGAGGCAGGAAGGAAGACACUUAGAAUUAUCCUAGAAUUCCCUUUCCUUUGAUUGUGAUGGAGCAUUGCCAGGGAAUAGGACACAUUCAAAUAUCUUCCUGGCAGCCUGAGAAAUCCGAUUUUUAGAGCAUGUCUCAGUUCAAUAGAAGGUUAGGAAAUACAAGCUCUUACGAUAUAACAUUAGAUCUUUGAAGUCAAGGACUAUGUCAUUUUUGUCUUUGUAUUUCCAGGACCCAGGCCAGGUCCUGACUACUAAGU